CUCCUGCAAAACUCUUGAUGUGGAGCAAAAUUAAUUGCGGUUUUAAGGUAAAUGCCGGAGAAGAGUGUGACAGCGCACAAAAAGGCCACGAGGUACUGCACCCCUGCGCAAUUAGAGGACUUUUACGCACAGAGUUUCGAGGAGCAGGAACAUGAAGAACGACUUAAUGUGUAAAACUGAAGGUUUAAAAUCAACUUUAAUAGUAAGCCAAUGUUUAGUGAGUGAUUUUAUAAAAUAAGAUGCCCAUCCAGGUCCGUUUUUUAGUAAAGGAAUCUCGGCCUACCCCUCUCAUCAUCCCGCAGUCCCAUCAGCCAUCAGUGCACGGUGACGCGUCCCCAUACAUGGUGCUCAUUAAGAGGGACGUUUGGUUCCUCUGACGUGUGACUUAGUCCUCUGACGGCACCUGCCGCCUUAUAAGCCUCAGUAAGUCACCCGAGAGACCUCCACCACCGUUUCAUUUGACUGUUCCUCGCCGUGCAGAGGGGAACUCUAUCCUCUUCAUAAACCCUUCAAUUGUUCUGCUUUGUUUUCUGCCUUAGUGCCCCAGCACAUGACUCUAGAAAUACUUGAGGUCUCCAUGCCUGCCCGUUCCUAGCGGUCGACCGGUGCGACAAUGACCAUCCAUGUAGAGGGGCUUGUGGCUAUCGCGGUCUUCUAUCUACUUAUCCUCUUCGUGGGAAUCUGGGCAGCAUGGAAGAACAAGAACUCCGGAGAGGCGGAGGGCACCGACCGCAGCGAAACUAUCAUGGUCGGAGGCAGAGAUAUUGGAUUAUUCGUGGGUGGAUUUACCAUGACAGCGACCUGGGUUGGAGGAGGAUACAUCAAUGGCACAGCUGAGUAUGUGUAUCUCCCAGAUUAUGGGCUGGCUUGGGCACAGGCUCCCUUUGGUUAUGCUCUCAGUCUGGUUGUAGGUGGUCUUUUUUUCGCCAAGCCCAUGCGUUCACGUGGUUACGUCACCAUGUUGGACCCAUUCCAGCAGCUGUAUGGGAAACGCAUGGGAGGCCUCCUCUUCAUACCUGCACUCAUGGGUGAAAUCUUCUGGUCUGCCGCCAUCUUAUCUGCACUCGGUGCUACACUGAGUGUCAUUGUGGACAUCAACAUAAAGAUGUCAGUGGUCAUCUCUGCCCUCAUUGCUAUCUUCUACACUCUGGUUGGAGGGCUGUACUCUGUGGCCUACACUGAUGUCGUACAGCUUUUCUGCAUCUUUGUUGGCUUGUGGAUCAGUGUUCCCUUUGCUUUGACCAACCCAGCAGUGUCAGACAUCACUGUGACUGCUGUGAAGCAGGUGUAUCAGUCACCCUGGAGAGGCAGCGUCAACAAGAAUGACACCUGGGUCUGGAUCGACAAUUUCUGCCUCCUGAUGCUCGGAGGCAUACCCUGGCAGGUGUAUUUCCAGAGGGUUCUGUCUGCCUCCUCGGCCACCUAUGCCCAGGUCCUGUCUUUCCUGGCUGCUUUCGGCUGCCUCGUCAUGGCCGUGCCCUCCGUCCUCAUCGGAGCCAUCGGGGCAUCCACAGACUGGAACCAAACAUCAUACGGUGCCAUUCCUCCAAAAGAAAAAGAUGAAGCAGACAUGAUUUUACCCAUCGUGCUCCAACACCUCUGCCCACCAUUUGUCUCGUUUUUUGGCCUGGGUGCAGUAUCGGCUGCUGUUAUGUCAUCUGCAGACUCAUCCAUCCUUUCAGCAAGCUCCAUGUUCGCAAGAAACAUCUACCAGCUUGCCUUCAGACAGUCGGCAUCGGACAGAGAGAUUGUGUGGGUGAUGCGCAUUACUAUCUUUGUGUUCGGUGGUCUUGCCACAUUGAUGGCGUUGGUAACUGGGACAGUUUACGGCCUCUGGUACCUGAGCUCAGACCUGGUUUACGUCAUCAUCUUCCCCCAGCUGCUCAGCGUGCUCUUUGUGAAAGGCACCAACACCUACGGCUCGGUGGCCGCCUAUUUGUUUGGCAUGGUGCUGCGUAUAGGUGGAGGGGAGCCCUACCUGCAGCUGCCCCCUUUUAUUUACUACCCUGGCUGGACCACUGAGCAGCGGAUGCAUCACAUGACUGGAGAAAUGGAGGAGGUUGUCAUUCAGAAGUUCCCUUUCAAGACAGUCUCUAUGCUCGCCUCCUUUCUGGGUAAUGUAGCUUUCUCUUAUCUGGCCAAGUACCUGUUCGAAAGCGGCAAACUGUCGCACAAAUACGACUUUCUCGACGCGGUGGUAUCCAAGCACAGUGGAGAAAUUAUGGAUAAAACAACGCUUGUAACUCGUGGUAACAACAUCGGGCUGUCAGAGAUGGCGUCAGUCAAACCGCGGCUGAGUGUGACCUUGGCUGCCGCCUUCACACGCCGUGACACACUGCCUACAGAAACAGUCGAGGAGGAGGAGGAGUCCAGCCCUGACUCCUCCCACCAUGAUGAAGAAUGACAGACUCAGGAUCAUUAAGACUGAACAGACACUUGCCAAAACAACUGAAUAAAAAGUUACUCUUUUAGAGACAACAAGCAGACAUCUUCUCUUUGGACUAUAAAGUACCACAUCUUGCUUGUGGUGAGUGAAAAACAGCCACAUGUGUGGAUAUUUAGAGUAGCAACCGGAUGAUUCUGGACAGUAUGAUGACUCUAUCUGUCUGUACAGUACAUCACACAUACAUAAACCCAGAUAAUACAUAAUACAUGUCCAUCCUUUCAGUCAUUUUCAAGAGACACCAAGAUAAAGCUGUCAUUAGAGGCAUCUGGUUCCAUUCAUUCUCAUGAAAUAGCUUUAAGUUAAAAAGUGAUGUGUACACUUUCUACAGAGGACAUGUUGAAAAAUUAGAUGACAAACAACGUCAGAUAUGAUGAAGGAUGAACCAGGUGGUUUAUAAAGUGACAGCACAACAUUGGAAGAAAGGCAUACAGUAUGUAUCAAUGGCAAUAACAUGUACUGCAUACACACACCACCUGUACAGUAGUAAUUAUUAAAAUUAGAUUGUUUUUGACUGGAAGAGAUAAAAGAAAACAAGAUAUUUUAUAGCUCAGUAUAUUUAUGUUCACUUAAUGCACAUAUCUAACUCAUUCAAUAGUGAACUCAUUUUGAUUUCCAGUGAAAAUCUCAUACAUAUCUUUAUAUCAUAAUGUGAAAUUACGUCAGACAUAUUAACCAAUACUUUAAAAUGAUUUAGUUAUUUACCGUUUUAACAGUUCCUGUCAUGUAUAUUGUUAUUACAGAUAAUGACUGUGAAUCAAAGAAAGAAACAAUCCAUGUAUCAUGCUGAGUAGAAAAUAUAUGAACAGUAGUAAUAGUAGUUGACAUGAGCUAAUAUUCUCUUUAAUGUCAGGUAUAGAGGCAAAUUUCAUCAGAAGAAACAAUGUUUAUUAGACUAAAAUGUCUUUAAUGAUCUUGUAUUCAACUGCCUUAAUGAAACUCAUAAGAAGAGAUACUUUUAUUUCCACAGUCGUGACUUUACGAAGGUCAGACUGCAGUGAGCAAAGACUUGAAUAUGAAUGUAACCUCUACAAAUGAUAUAAUUAUAUCAAAAAGUGUAAUUUCAUUGUUAUUUGUGUAUGUUCUGUUGGUGAUUUGCAAAGUCAAACAGUAACUGUUGCAGAAAAAUGUGGCGGUAGGUUCUGAUG